UCUAAACGUUGGGAACACGAACAAUUCAACAAAAAUCAAAAAGUACAAUUGCAAGUGCAAAGAUCCCGGUGCUGUUCUUGUAAAAUAAUUAUUUUACUGCCAAACAUUUGUUUUCCUUUCUCAUUUACUUUACUUUAAUUAAUUCAGUGGUUUUGUCUAAACAAUAAUUAUAUGAUAUUGCCGGAUGAAGUGGAAGUGUAUUCUAAAAAAGUCCACAUAAAUGUAGAUUAUCCCCCAGACUCACGGAAUUUCAUCAAAAAUAUACCCGACAGGUUUUUGCACAAUUAUUUUGUACAAAAAAAGAAAAAAAGAAAACUAAAAUUGUGAACUGAAAACUUGACAAAAAGUUGCAUCUUUUUUAGCUCAUUUCAAGGUAAAGGACAAGGUUGAGAGGAACUCGAAAGAUUACCCAACAAGUGGGUUGCCAGUAAUUAUACUUAAAGAACAUGAUCCGGGAUCCCUUGAUGUCUUCCCAACCAGAUUCCAUUGGAAGCCCAGCUUCUUAUGAAGGAAUUCCAGCUAACGAAAACUUUGCCUAUCAGGAUGAAUUUCCUUAUCUCAAUGACCUUCGGACUGACGACUUGGUGCCACUUUUACCCGGAGGUGGAGAAGUUUCUCAAUCGCUCAGUCAAUACAUUGCCCACGAAUGUGCCACCGCAAAUGAAAACAUCAAUCAAGUUCUUCCCGAUUUGGAGGAACACGAUAAAGGUGGAGUGAGCUUUGAAUUGAAUUUGAUGCCACAACAAAAGAACAAAGUCAAUUGGUUCUAUUCGAAGGACUCAAAUAAAGUUUAUAUAAAAUUAAAUGAAAAAUUUGAAGUUGAAGUUUUGUAUAAGCCAAGAUCAGCGCAUGAGAAAAUCUUCGUACGUUCGAUGAUGGUUUUUAAUUCACAAUUAAGUGAACCAGUUGUCCGUUGUGAGAAUCAUAGCAGCAAGGAUAAAGAUGUUGAGAAAAAUAUCAAACAUAGUGUCCUAAGAUGUGAAAAUCCCAACGUCAUCUAUCAGGGAACUGUAGAGGGAAAGAAUAUAAGUGAUAGGUUGUCUGUACGUAUUCCAUUGGGUUGUGUUCAGCCAAAUGAGGAUGAUUUUGUCAAACAAACUGUCGCUCUGAAGUUUGUUUGUCAGAAUUCUUGUGUCAGUCGUAGAGAAACUUCCAUCAUUUUCUAUUUAGAAAAUGCUAAUGGAGAGAUUCUGGCUAAAAGGAUUACCAAUGUUAAAAUAUGCAGUUGCCCAAAACGUGACAUGCGUAAAGAUGAAGAAUCACAAAUGAAUAAAAAAAGAUCUAGAAAAGAUGAAUGUCCAGUUGGAAAGAAGAUAUUGAAAAUUGAUAGUGACAUAAAAGUCGAGCCAAAACAAGAACAAGAAGAUGAAGAGGAAGAUUCGUUUUUAAAUUCUACUGAAUCAAAUGAUAUGAUUAUAACACCAAACGGUGUUAGAAUUACAAUGGACGUUUCAGAUAUUGAAGUUGCUCAUCAAGUUUUUGAUUAUGCUUUUUGUAAGGUUACUGGUCAAAUGGCUAUGAAACCAGAAAAUGCCAUUAAAUACUCUAGAGUCAUGAAGUCUUUAAAGAAGAGUUUAAUUAAAUCAAAACGGCUCCUCAAUGAACAACACCAACAAAAAUGAAGACAGGAAAUUAAAAAUAAAUAAAUAGUACCUUUAUAUUAUUAAACGAUUAUUAUUGUUUUUGUAAUACGUUUUUAACUUUAUUUAAGCCCAAAAAAGGCGCAAUUUGUAUCAGCUUCCAUAGAAUUUAAGACUAGCUGUUAAUUUAUUUUGACGUUUAUUAUAAAUGUAUUAUGUUUUUUUUUUAUUUCAUAUUAUUUUAGGUUUCCUGGUGAAACAUUAUUAAUUAACAUCAUAAUUGAAUCUGAUAAGAAAAUUAACCAUUUUUGUUUCCAGUUAUAAAUACAAUACAAUUUUUGAUUCCUUUUUCUUUAUUAUUGUAUAUUUAAGUACAAAAUAUUAUCAACUUCUAAUAUUGUCAAAGAACGCGUGCGUCUGUUUUUGUUAAAAAAAAUAAUAUCAAUUAAAUCACCUUCCCUGAUAAUCAAACACCGAUGGUCAAUUAAAAAUAGGUGCAUUAAAGAUGCUAAAUGAAGCGCGUUCAAUUAUUUAACUUUUUUGUUUAUUCAACUUCGAAUUCAUUAACAUUUAAAACCAAUAUUCAAAGCAUUUGUAUUUUUAUAUAUCAACUCAUUCCGUGUUUGCUCUCCCUACCCGAUUGCAUAUUUUUGGUUGGCCAUCAUUUCUAGCAGUACAAAUUUCGUAAACUAUUGUUUACGAAAACAACAAAAUAAAUCAAACUUAAAUAAUAUCUUAAGUAAUAUAUAAAUUUAAAAAAAAAUGUGCCUUCAUUAAAUGUUAUGUUAAGAUUUAAACUUAAAAAACUUAACCAUUGAAUUAUGUACUUGGAAAAUCGACAUGAAAAAUAGGGACUUACUUUGAAAUCACUUAUGAGGUGAAGUAUUUGUAAUAUGGACAAGUAAAAACAACAAAAGAUAGUUUCUAGUUUUAAUUAGUAUGUAGAUUUGUUUAGAAUUAAGAAUUUGUUUCUAAAAAUCAAAUGUUUAGAUAUAAAAUAAAUAAUUUUUUUAUCUUAAAAAGAAAAAAUAAAUAAAAAAACAUGUAUGCAAAAGUAUACAGUUUAAAAACUAA